AUGGCUACGGCUGUCGAACAAUUAGUGAUUGAUCCUCAAUCACGUUUUCUCGAAAUGAAAUCUCUUCAACCUUAUUCAACAACAGAUGAAUAUUUAUAUGCUAUGAAAGAAGAUCUUGCUGAUUGGCUUUCAAAUAUGUAUCCAGAUUGGCAACCAAUUACAGCCGAUAAUUUCCUUGAAUGUUUAGAAAAUGGUGCACUUCUUUGUCAUCAUGCUAAUAAUGUAAAUGAUGCAGCACGCAAAAUGAAUUCAUUAUCAACAUUAACAGAUUGUAAAUUUCGUAUUGGUGCUCGACCACAAACAUUUAAUGCUCGUGAUAAUGUUUCACAAUUUAUUAAAUGGGCACGACGUAUUGCAGGUGUCCGUGAAGUUCUUAUGUUUGAAUCUGAUGAUUUAAUAUUACGAAAAAAUGAAAAAAAUUUCUUGCUAUGUUUACUUGAAAUCGCUCGUUUUGGUGCAAGAUUUGGUGUUAGUGUACCUGCUAUAAUUAAACUUGAAGAUGAAAUUGAACAAGAAAUUGCACGUGAUAAACAAGCACAAAGUCAAACAUUGACAGAAUUAAAAUAUUUACAACGAAAAGAAGCAGAGGAGGAAGAAGAAAAAAUCAAGGCGAGACGAAUCAAAGAAAUAGAAGAUGAAAAAAAUACAUUCGAAACAACGAAUUAUCAAUCUAUUCAUAAUAAUGAUAAACAAAUAAAUCAGGAUCCUUCAAAUACAUUUUUAUCUACAAAUCCAAAUGGUACUAAUUGGUUACAUGAUCGUGUAACCCAUAUAUCAGAAUUAUCGAAUAAUAAUAAUAAUAAUAGUAAACAAAGACAAAAUAGUGAAGCAAGUGAUGAUGAUAACAGAGCAUCUAAUGAAAUAAAUACAACGACUAUAGAUUUAAAUGGAACAUCAAAAUAUGCUCGAACAUUAGAUGAAAAUGAAAAUCCAGUUGAAGUACCCAAAUAUAUUCGAACAUUUGAUGACAGUGAGAAUCCAGUUGAAAUACCAAAAUAUACUCAAACGUUUGAUGAAAGAGAAGAUCCAACUGGAAUACCAAAAUACAAUCAAAACUUCGAUGAAAGAGAACAUCCAGUUGUAACACCCAAAUAUACUCAAACAUUCGAUGAAAGAGAAGAUUCAACUGGAAUACCAAAACAUACUCAGACAUUUAAUGAAAGAGAGAAUCCAACUGGAAAGGCAAAAUAUGUUCAAACCUUGGAUCAAAGAGAAAAUCCAAAAUAUACUCAAACAUUCGAUGAAAGAGACAAUCCAGUUGAAAUACCCAAAUAUAUUCGAACGUUCGAUGACCAAGAAAAUUCAAGUGAAAUACCAAAAUAUACUCAAACAUUAGAUGACAGAGAACAUCCAAUUGAACCACCACCAUCUUCAUCACAUUUACAUAAAACAGUAAUAAAAAUUGCAAAUUCAUGUUGUUGUUCGCAGCGUUUUCCGGUAAUACGUAUUGGUGAAGGAAAAUAUCGUAUUGGUGAAAAUGGUGCAAUUAUUUUUAUUCGAAUUCUGAGAAAUCAUGUUAUGGUUCGUGUUGGUGGUGGAUGGGAUACACUCGAAAAUUAUUUAAAUAAACAUGAUCCAUGUCGACGAUCAGGUGGUCAUCAUCGAUCUGAUCAUCAUCAUAAUCAUAAUCAUUCUGAUAUACCAAUUCUUGCUAUACCAAAUACAAAUAUAGCACCUAGUACUCAAAAAUCGACUCCUUUUGGUAAAUCCGUAACAAUAAGAACUGACGAAUUUCCUUUAGCAAAACCAUCUAAUCAUGAUACAAAUCUAGUCGAUGCUCAACUUGUUAUAACUCGAGGUGCUGAUGGACGUCAUCGUAUUGGACAAAUAACUUAUAAAAGUGAAGAAGAUAUUCUCAAUCAACAACAGCUAUCAUGUCCUCACCAUCAUCAUCAUCAUCAUCAAUCACCACCAACAGCAAGAAUCAAAAGUGCUCGUAGUACAGGACAUCUUACUCCUUCAUCAAUUUAUAGUAAACAAUCAUCACCAAGUACUGAUCAAGAUUAUUCCUCACUAACUGAAACUACACCUAGUAAACCAUCAUCAUCAUCUUCAUUAGAUUCAAAAGAUGAUUCAAUCGAACAAUCAUUCAAAUCAUUAAACAUAACUUCAAUUGAAAACGAACGUGUUCGAAAUUAUUCACCUGUAGUUAAAUCUCAUACACAACCACUUAUUCAUACGAAUGAUUAUUCAAUAAAUCAAUCGGAUCAACAAGAUAUUAAUCAUUUCAAUAAUAUACGAUCAAAAAUUACUGAAUCUAUUAUUGGUAAUAUUGAUGAUAAUAUUCAUCCUACAUAUAGUGGAUCAUCACAACAUGAUUUUGAUCUUAGUGAUAUUGAAGAUGUAAUGGAACUUCAUAAAAAUUUAGUUAAUGAUAAAGAUAUAACAACUAUGGAUAAUGAUAGUUUAGAAAGUAGUGAAGGUAUACUAGAAGAAACAAAGAAAUUACCACCUGUACCUACAACAAAAAAGUCAAUUGGAUCAGCUUCCACACUCUCCGCAGCACAAAAACAAAAACAAACUACUAAUCGUAAAAAUUCAAUUCCUACAUCUACUAGUCGAUAUUCUCCACGUCUAAAUUUAUUACCGAAUGUUGCUCAAACAGUUAAAAAAGAAGAACCAUUAAAUAAACAACGUCGUAAACCGACAAUUGCUACACAAAGAUCAAAAUCAUCAGAAUUAGUUGAUAAAAUAACUGAUACAUCAAAACUUGAUCGAGAUUCGGGUUUUGAUGAACAAGAUUUUCGUACUGAACGUUUACAUUCAAUUGGUGAUGAUAAUUCAAGUGUAUCAUCAAUGCGAAGUGCUAAAAGUUCAACAAUUCUUCAUUCAAAUAAACUUGAAUAUAAAGAAACAAAAUCUUAUGAAUUACGUAUGAAAAAAUUAGAUGCUAAACGUAUUUUAAAUGAAAAAACACAACCAAAAUUAUAUUCUACAGCAAGACGUGCAAGUGAUAUGAUACCUCCAACACCACCAAUACAUAAAUAUCGAAAAAAUAGUCAAUCUACUGUUAAUCUCAAACAACAGCAACCAUAA